AUGACUUUCAAAGCUUUCAUUUUACUGGGCCUUCUGUUUGGCUCUGUUGUUCUCAUCUCUUCCACUGUCGCAGAUGAGACAUCCGAAGAUGAGAAGAAAGUGGAAAAGGCACAGGAAGCGAACCCUGUAGAGGACGCCAAACAAUAUUGCGGGUGUUGCAUUCGCUUUGGCAUAUAUAGAUGCGGCCUACGAUGUUGUCGGAGACCUGAACCUGAGGAUCAGCCUCAAGAAGUAGGCAACAGCCUUGAAACGAACCAGCCUGACGGAUAUGGAUAUGGAGGGGGUGGCUACGGAGGAGGCCGUGGUGGGGGAUAUGGAGGAGGGGGCCGUGGAGGCGGGGGCUAUGGAGGAGGAGGCCAUGGAGGCGGGGGCCGUGGAAGCGGCGGCUAUGGAGGAGGUGGCCGCGGUGGAUAUGGUGGUGGUGGCGGUGGCGGAGGAAACUGA